AUGCCUUCUUAUCUCGUGACUGGUGUAAACCGUGGCAUUGGUUGGGCGUUCCUCCGCAAGUUAUCCGACGACCCUAACAACAUCGUCGUUGGUACCGUUCGCGACAAGGAAUCUAUGGAAAAGAAAAUCGCUGAUGAGCUUGGGAGCCGAUCCAACAUUCACAUCAUGAAUGUUGAGCUUGGCAGUUUAGACAGCAUCAAGGUUACGAACACCAGAGCGGAAUCUCCUGAGGAGCUUGAGGAUGACCUCUUUAAAAGCUUCAAGGUCAAUGUCGUAGGCGUUAUCCACCUCUUUAACUUAUUCUUGCCCUUGGUUCUUAAGGGUGAUGUCAAAAAAGUCAUUAGCAUCAGCUCGGGUAUGGCUGACAUCGACAUGAUCAACCAAUACCAUGUUGACGUUGGCGCUCCGUACUCCAUCAGCAAAGGCGCAGUGAAUGUUGCCGUGAGCAAGUUCAACGCUCAGUAUGCUAAAGAUGGUGUUCUUUUUCUAAGCAUCUGCCCCGGAAUAGUUGACACGGGCCAUAAUGAGAACUUGGGUGAGCAGGAAAUGGAAGGCGUCACAAGGACUCUUGCCAAAUUCAACGAAUAUGCUCCAGGCGCCAAGCUUGCAACACCGGAGGAUGCUGUCAAUGACGUUUUGAGGGUCAUUUACGACUCUGGCCUUGAAAACGGAAGGGGGCAAGAGAUGGUUAUGAGAAAAGACACAACAGACUUGGUUCUAUGA